UCAAUCGAAAAUAAGGGAGCGAUGGGAUUUUUUUUUUGUUUAAUAAUAUUAUUGCCAACAUAUGUGAGGACGGGUUAUUUUUUUGCGGUGCAGGAAAAACUCCCGAUAUCCCAGAUAGAGUUCGCUCUGAUAAACUAGAGACGGGUGCAUUGAUAUAUAGUGCAGCUCUUCACACAGGAGAGACGGGUGCAUUGAUAUAUAGUGCAGCUCUUCACACAGGAGAGACGGGUGCAUUGAUAUAUAGUGCAGCUCUUCACACAGGAGAGACGGGUGCAUUGAUAUAUAGUGCAGCUCUUCACACAGGAGAGACGGGUGCAUUGAUAUAUAGUGCAGCUCUUCACACAGGAGAGACGGGUGCAUUGAUAUAUAGUGCAGCUCUUCACACAGGAGAGACGGGUGCAUUGAUAUAUAGUGCAGCUCUUCACACGGGAGAGACGGGUGCAUUGAUAUACAGUGCAGCUCUUCACACAGGAGAGACGGGUGCAUUGAUAUAUAGUGCAGCUCUUCACACAGGAGAGACGGGUGCAUUGAUAUAUAGUGCAGCUCUUCACACAGGAGAGACGGGUGCAUUGAUAUAUAGUGCAGCUUGUUCUUUGUUCAAAGCUUGCUCAGUUUUCUUUAUUCAAUCUCCAACCCCCAACACAGUCCGCAGCUGUCAGUCAGCGUCUCAGGAACCAUGCAAAUAGGUCCAGUCGCUUUAUCUUCUGUUGUUAUUUUGUCCUGAGGGUACUCUACUAGCCGCCGAGUCCUUGAAAAAACUCCUUGGAAAGCCUCUUCCCAGCCAGAGACGCGGUUUAAUUAACUUCAGCUCACCAAGUUUCGUCCGUCAUUCUUCAAACCCGACUCUACCGGCGAGACUGAUACAGACUGGUACUGUAAACUGACUAAGAAAUUCUGUCCCUUCAAUAGUAAAGCCACGGCUGCUAUUCAGCCCAGGUUUUGUCGGCCCCUAGACUCUCCUUUUAGUAGCGCUGCAUUUAAAUAAAUAAAUGCUUUUCUUUUUCAGCAGCUGCUAAACAGAGACCAGCGUGCUGCCAUGGACAGCGUGGAGAUGGACUCUGUCCAGAUUAAAGAGGAGGUCCCUGAACUUGAACCUGUCCCCUGUAGAGCAGAUUCCUCUGGACUGGCUUCCCUCCCCAUUAAACAGGAGCUCUGUGAGAUGCACUGUGACUGCUGUCUGAUAGAUGUCUCUGAUAUUAAAGCUGAGCACAAUGAAUUGGAGAUCCCCCAGACGGAUGAACCCCUUCCUGUGAAACGAGAAGAGGUGCUGGAAACUGUCCGUUUUAAACGGGAGCCCCCUGAGGUAGAAUUUGAUCUCCUGGAACCGGGGAAGGAAGAAUCCGAGGACUUCAAACCAAACAUCCCUGAGCUGGAGCCUGUACGUCUGCGGGAGUGUAGCGUGGUGCUGGAGAGGAUCUGCGUGAGAGAGCGAGGCGCUGGAGAGGAAGGCUCUCCCAACAGCACGCAAGGAGGUGGAAAGGAAGACGGGCGCUGUCAUUCAGAAUGCAGUCUGGCAGGUUCCAGUCCAGCAGCUAAAGCGAGGACGGGCAAAGCUUUCACCCAGUUAGGGCAUUUUAAAACACCCCAGCGAACUCACACAGGAAAGAAACCGUAUCGCUGCUCUGACUGUGGGAAGAGUUUCCGUCACUCAGAAAACACGGAAACACACCAGCGAACUCACACAGGAGAGAAACCGUAUCGCUGCUCUGAGUGUAGGAAGAGUUUCCGUCACUCAGAAAACACGGAAACACACCAGCAAACUCACCAAGGGGAGAAACGGUAUCGCUGCUCUGACUGUGGCAAGAGGUGUAAUCACUCAGUAUCCCUGAAAACACACAAGCGCAUUCACGAUAAACUGUAUUGCUGCUCUGACUGUGGGAAGUGUUUCAGUAGGGUAGACUACCUUGAAACACACCAGCGAAUUCAAACAGGACAGAAACCUUAUCGCUGCUCUGACUGUGGGAAGAGUUUCACACCAGCGAACUCACACAGGAGAGAAACCGUAUCGCUGCUCUGACUGUGGGAAGAGUUUCACUCGGUCAAGCUGCCUUGAAACGCACCAGCAAACUCACACAGGAGAGAAACCGUAUCACUGCUCUGACUGUGGGAAGAGCUUCAGUAGAAAGGACGGCCUUGUUUACCACCAGAGGACUCACAAGAAAUCGUGAACCCGCAGAUGUUUAGGAGUUUAAACUUCUUUCACACAUUGCAAAUGCUGUAUGAACACAAUGGCACCAAGACGAAACCUUCGCUGUCUUCAAGUCUUUAAUUUUUUCUGGGUUGACCAGUCCUGUAUAUAAUCACAGACGGGUUGUGUCCACUGGACUCGGGAUGUAUUGCAAUGGGGCUGCACUGACUUUGCCUUUGAAACUGCUGUGUAGCGAAAGCAUACGUCCAGCGGGUCUAAUACAGGAAACCACGCUGUGAGCUCCACGAACACUUCGCUCGCUGGACUUUGUGAUCGCAUGUCUAUUCAAUGCCAGACCAUGUGGACCGCACUUGAAAUACCGUUUUCAAACACACAGGUAUUGCAUGACUUGCUUCAUACGUCACACAAACACGCAGAAACCCCCUUUUUUUUUUUUGUGCGGUUGUCAAUCACGCCGCUGACUACUAGAACGACAGCAAAGGUCAAAACAGCUGGAGUACGAUCGACGAGUCAAUCUACAGUAACAGCUGCUGUCUUCAAUCACGUCUGGCGCUCUGUUUGUGAACUAUGAAUUAAAAACACACAAAAGAAAACAUUGCACUGACUGGGUUAUUUAAUAAAUCACAAGAAAAAUAAAAACAUACAGUUAAGAAUAAAAACAUGUUGGAAAAUAAUUAAAUCAUUAAAAUCAAAGUAAAGAUGGAUCAGCCUUUCACCUUCAGAAUCAAAGAGCAUUCUGUGCAGCCGUCCUUAUCCAAGGACUUUACAAAAACACCAUGGAGACUGAACUGCCCCGGCUGGGUUAGUCCAGGGCAGGCUUGAGGCUCAGAGACUGAACUACCCCCUCCUCCCUCACUAAGAGAAAGGCUGCUCCCUCCAGUCCAGGGCAGGAGUGAACUGCUCCACCCCUCAAAGUCUACAGCAGAUUUGCAGCAAGGAGACCGAUUUCACAGGCUGGUCCAGCUGCUUUGUGGCUUGUUUCCAGCAGCGAGCCAAUUAGCCACUUCACAUAAUAACUGACACAUCAAUAAAUGCGACGUUUCAAACUCUAACAUGAAAUACUACUGUGCUACUAUUAUGGCUUUCAUUCUGUAGUUUCCAGGUGAUGCAAAGCUUGUGGCUCCAGAAUACUCCCUAACUCCACCACAGACACACAGUCAAAAGUCAGCACUUUGAUACCUUUUAUUACAAAAAUGGUUUUAUUAUUAUUAUUCAUUUUUAAAACAAUAUUUUUUUUUCCAGCAAGCAGGAAUUCAAAUGCAAUUCCACAGAAUCUAAAUCAUCCUCCUCCUAAUUAACAACUUCCCACCAAAUCUUAGUGAAUCAAACACAUUAAAAUCCAGAAUCGCCUUUAAAACAAUAAAAAAAAAAAAAAAAAAAAAUAGAAUGACGUUAAUAAAUAUAAUUAAAUACAGCUGGGGGUUGCAUUGUCAAGGCUCUCAUGAGGUUCUGUGGCGAGGAAGGGAGAGACCUAAUCUCAGACCACCCUGCCCAACAUCAGCGCAGGGGUGUGGGACUCGGGUCCUGGAGGGGCCCGCAGUGCCCCCCCCCCCACACACAGAUCUCAAUGACUUAAUUGGUCUAACUGCUACAUUAAUUAAUUGGACAAAUUCAACACUGCUCUGCCAGGCUUCAACGUUUUGUGCGUCGCGCACACCUAGAAUCACAUGUUUAUCUAUAUAUUUAACCAUCAAUUGUGAAAUAUGAAAUUUUUAACUGAAGAAAUAAUUCUGUCAAUGAUGUUAAUUGAGCUGAAGUUGGCAUGGGAAUCAGACGACGCUCCCCUCCCCCAGGACUGCCUGCGUUGAGUUGUUUGAGAUCAGUGCUGAUCGAGGGGAGGGGGGGAGGGAGGGUGUGUGUGUGUGAAACCAGCACAAGCCUUGCAGCGCCUGUUAAAACUGUACGGCUUGUGCGUCUGGCAGCUGCAGCGCCCCCUAGCAGUCAAGGAAUGGUUUUUCACUUGGAGAGCCUGCCAUGAUUUGUUACCUUACCCCCC